AAACAUACUCCGCGCGCCCCUUACAUCCCUCCACCGUGACCUCACGGAUUCAUGUUGCUCUACGAUGUCCACUCUCUCUUUGUUGCAGAAUAUCUCACGGCCGCCGCACUUACGCUCUCGCUCUGGGAUCAUGCCUUGACGUUCGGGAGGGAGGUCCAGCUGCUCUGGCGCUUGCCUUUGUCUCCCCUGCAGAUGCUCCUGCUCGUCAACCGGUACGGCGCGGAGAUAAGCAUGAUCUUCAUUGCUUCGAAUAUCGGCUGGGGCAUGCCAUUAGUGACUGUUAUGGUAUGUGAAGGUAUAUCGGUGCUCAUCACAGUGUACUGCAUCAUCAAUAGCGCAUCUUCACAAUUCUCAAUCCUCUUUUACUUGUAUAAGCUUUUCGACAGUAAAUGCUUAUAUAGAAGGGCUCUCGUGGGCGGCUUUAUCGUAUGUUUCUCUGUCUCCAUCACGUUUGGUAUUCUGAGCGUCAGGCAAACAUUUGAUAUGCUUCGGCAUUCGAAUGACAUAUUAUGUGUCGAAUCAUUGAGACGCGAGCUCGCGAUAGGUAUGUGGAGUGGCAUGGUCGCGUAUGACAUUUUCGUGUUCUUGCUGCUUGUCGUCAACGCAAUACACCAGCCUCGGCGACGCGAUUCUGAGAUCGUCAACCGGCUGCUUCAUGGAGGCGCCUUCGUGUUCUUGGCAUGUUUUGUUCUCCGUGUCUCUCAGCUCUUAUCAAGUGUCCUAGCAGCGGGAGCGCAGUCAUUACUCAUUCCGUUGCUGGCUUGGUCGUUAGACGGAAUCCUGACGUAUCGCCUUCUGCUGAAGGUCAAGGCUGUCGAACUGGUUGCAGAGGGGCAACUCUCACGCCUGUUGAACGUCGGCGACGGACCCUCCAUCCAGUUAUACCAUGAAGUGCACGUACAGGACAGAUGAAGUUCCACGGCGACUCGUCCCCGAUGUAUUUAUGCGCUCCCAAAGAAUAUCUCUCUCGGAUGUUUCACGGUGUAUUUGUAGCCCGGAUACCACAACUCGACGACUCGGACAUCAUGUACUUACUAGUAGCUGGACUCGGAUGCCAGUGCCCCCGACGUAGCAAGGCCGUCCAUCACUUCCUACUAGCGCUUGUGGAAUUGAGGAAUACGGCUAUUCUCAUGUCGCUAGUGACUAUCCCUAUGUUAGCCAAAUCUCAGGC